CUCUCUCUCUCUCUCUCUCUCUCUCUCUCUCCGUCUUCGCCACUCUCUGAUUCCCUUGGGUCACUUGAUCUAGGGUUUCCCGAUCUUGGUUAUUCUCGUCUUUCCGAUUCCUCAAUCCCCUGAUUGCCUUCCUAUACUUGGAUUUCAAUUCACUUCCUGAAGCCCUUGAUCCAGGAGGUUUGAUGUGCUAGUAACUUAUUAUAAGACACAGAUAUGCAUCCUUUCGGGAAUGAAAAGCCUUUGAAUGCUCCUGGACGACCUGCCAUGCCCUCUCCAGCUGCAUCACAAGCUACACCACCUUUCCUAUCCUCGGGCCCAGUGGUUGGGUUUGGAGCAUCUGGUGCUUCUCGAACUACAGCCCCUUUUUCAUCCUCAGGUGCUUUGCCCAAUCCUGGUGCACAAGGUGCACCUCAGGCUAUGGCGCCGCCCUUAUCUUCUACGCCCAUAACUGGUCUAGAGACAUCAGGUUAUACAUCACCGCCACAAGGUAGGUUCAAUGGUCCAACUAGGCCUCCCCAACCAUCAUACCCAGUGCAAGAUCCAAAUUCCCUUCAGCAAUCAUUAGCCCCACGAUUUCCUCCAACUUCUCAGUCUCCAUAUCCCUUGCGUAGUCCGCCUUUUGGGGCUCCAUCUGUUGGACCUCCACUAGGGCCUCCUCCUCCAGCCCAGGUUCCAGUGGUGCCAAUGGGUCCUCCACCCCAAAUCUCAAGCCCUUCACAUCCUAGAGUAAGUAUGGCCCCACCAGUGCUAGAUUCAUCAGUUCCUGCACCUAGGCCAGUACCACAUUUGCCUUUGCCUGGGAACCCAAAUGCAUCUCCGCUUGGUAAUAUGCCCCACCAACAAUUUCCUGCAGGGAGACCAGUUUCAAUGCCAGCACCACAAACAUUUUCAGCCCCCAAUGCUCCUCCAUAUGCAUCUCCUUUUAAUGCUCACCAAGGUGGUUAUGUACCACCUCCACCGCCUGUAGGAGCUACCUUGGGUUUUAAUGCUAGGGGACAAACACAGUAUCCUAGCACAGGACCUCCUCUUGAAGGCACCCUUCAAGGUUUGAUUGAGGAUUUCCAGUCAUUAUCAGUCGCUUCUACCCCUGGUACUCUUGAUCAUGGGAUUGAUCCCAAAUUACUACCGAGGCCAUUAGACGGUGAUAAUGAGCCAACUUCUAUUCUAGAAACAUACCCUUUAAAUUGUCACCCAAGAUAUCUAAGACUUACGACUCAUGCAAUACCUAGUUCACAGUCAUUGCUUGCCAGGUGGCAUUUGCCGCUUGGAGUAGUGGUUCAUCCUUUGGCAGAGGCUCCUGAUGGGGAGGAAGUGCCAGUUGUCAAUUUUGGACCAGCAGGGGUCAUCAGAUGCCGAAGAUGCCGCACAUAUGUUAAUCCAUAUGUAACAUUCACAGAUGCUGGAAGAAAAUGGCGCUGCAACCUUUGUUCUCUUUUGAAUGAUGUUCCUGGAGAAUACUUCUGUGCUUUGGAUGCAACUGGUAGAAGAUGUGAUAUGGAUCAAAGACCGGAGCUUUGCCAAGGAAGUGUGGAAAUUAUUGCUCCAACUGAAUAUAUGGUUCGACCACCAAUGCCUCCACUGUACUUUUUCCUUAUUGAUGUUUCGGUAACCGCAGUUCGGAGUGGUUUGCUUGAGGUUGUGUCUAAGACAAUCAAGUCUUGCCUCGAUGAGCUUCCUGGCUAUCCUAGGACACAAAUUGGCUUUAUAACAUUUGACAGCACAUUACAUUUCUACAGUUUGAAGUCUUCUUCAUCGCAACCUCAGAUGAUGGUGGUAGCAGAUCUGGAGGAUAUAUUUCUUCCAAUGCCUGAUGAUCUUCUUGUAAACUUAUCUGAUUCAAGAAGUGUUGUUGAUACUCUUUUGGAUAGUUUACCAAGUAUGUUCCAAGAUAAUGUUAAUGUGGAGUCUGCCUUUGGGCCUGCUCUUAAAGCAGCAUUCAUGGUUAUGGGUAAACUAGGUGGCAAGUUGAUUGUCUUUCAGAGUACAUUACCUUCUCUUGGUGUUGGACGCCUAAGGUUGCGGGGCGAGGACCUUCGUGUCUAUGGAACAGAUAAAGAACAUUCCUUGCGGACUCCUGAAGAUCCAUUUUAUAAGCAGAUGGCUGCUGAAUUUACAAAGUGCCAGAUUGCCAUGGACAUAUUCACCUUUAGCGACAAGUAUUCUGACAUAGCUUCUUUAGGGACUCUUGCAAAAUAUACUGGUGGCCAAGUUUAUUAUUAUCCAUCUUUCCAUGCUUCUAUUCAUGAAGAGAAGCUUAAACAUGAUCUGGCUAGGGAUCUUACCAGGGAGACUGCGUGGGAAGCUGUGAUGCGAAUUAGAUGUGGCAAAGGGGUGCGUUUUACAACUUAUCAUGGACACUUUAUGCUAAGGUCAACGGAUUUAUUGGCCCUUCCAGCUGUGGAUUGUGAUAAAGCCUUUGCGAUGCAGUUAGCUUUGGAAGAAACCUUGAUAACAACACAGACGGCAUAUUUCCAAGUCGCGCUGCUAUAUACUUCAUCCUCUGGUGAACGACGCAUUAGAGUUCUUACUACAGCAGUACCAGUUGUAACAGACCUUGGGGAUAUGUACCGCCAAGCUGACACUGGAGCCAUUGUAUCUGUCAUGAGCAGGCUAGCAAUUGAGAACACACUGUCAACUAAGCUAGAGGAUGCUCGGCAGUUAUUGCAGUUAAAAAUUGUGAAAAGCCUUAGAGAAUACCGGAAUCUCUAUGUUGUGCAGCACCGGGUGGCAGGGAGGCUGAUCUAUCCAGAAUCCUUGAAAUUUUUGGCAUUAUAUGUAUUGUCUCUUUGUAAGACACUAGCUCUUCGUGGAGGCUAUGCUGAUGCUUCACUAGAUGAACGUUGUGCUGCUGGUUACAGUAUGAUGAUUUUGCCUAUUGGAAGGUUGCUUAGACUUCUCUAUCCAAGCUUGAUUAGGGUUGAUGAGAUCCUUCUGAAGGCCUCACAUAAAUCAGAUGAAGUUUUGGAAAGGUUGCCCUUAACCACAGAGAACUUAGAUUCUAGAGGUUUAUACAUAUAUGACAAUGGAUUCAACUUUGUUAUUUGGUUCGGAAGGAUGCUCUUCCCAGACAUUGUUACCAGUAUACUUGGAGUUGAUUUUUCUACCUUCCCAGAUCUAUCAAGGGCUGCAUUGUUUGAGCGUGAUAACGAGAUUUCGAUAAAAUUCACAAAAAUUCUGAUGAAGUUAAGGGCAGAAGACCCGUCGAGCUAUCAAUUAUGUCAUAUGGUGCGACAAGGUGAGCAGCCUCGAGAAAGUUCCUUGUUUCUCUCCAACCUGGUUGAAGAUCAGACAGCUUCGACCAGCGGUUACCGUGAUUGGAUUCUUCAAUUAUUCCGUCAAACACAGCAAAGCUCAUGAAGACAGCAAAACAAACCGAAUGAUUGCUAUUGUCUACAUUCACUGUUCGUGACUCUUCUUCAUGCUUUCUGAGUUUUGAAAGAGCCAGACUGUGUUGUUCCUGGUGCAAUCUUUGUUUGAGUUGUGUUUGUAAUAUUUUUGUAUGCUUGGUUUUUCUUGGGUGGUUCUCAUUUCGAUUCCUAGUUAUGACUAUAGUCAUUUUAUUUUUAUUGUUUGCAAUAAUGGUUUGUUUAAGGUUGUUUGAAAUGUAUUGUAAGAUAGACAAGGAACUAGAAAUGAGAGCUGGUUCUGUAUUUUCCUUUUUUAAAAAAAGGCAUGAUUAACUUAAA